AUGCUCAGCUUCCUGAUCCUAACGGCGCUUUUGGGCUAUGCCCACAGCUGCGGUAUUCCCACCUACCACCCCAACAUCGCCGCCAGAGUGGUCGGAGGAGAAGACGCCAAGCCCCACAGCUGGCCUUGGCAGAUCUCCCUCCAGUACUCCAAGAACGAUGCCUGGGGCCACACCUGCGGAGGAACCCUGAUCGCCAGCAACUAUGUCCUCACAGCCGCCCACUGCAUCAGCAAUGCCAAAACGUACCGCGUGGUCCUGGGGAAGAGCAACCUGAAGGAGGAGGAAACCGGCUCCCAGGUGGUGGCCGUAGAAAAAAUCUUCGUCCAUGAGAAAUGGAACUCCUUGCUGAUCCGCAAUGACAUCGCCCUCAUCAAACUGGCUGAGCACGUGGAGAUGAGUGACACCAUCCAGGUGGCCUGUCUGCCUUCUAAGGACUCCCUGCUGACCCACAAUUUCCCCUGCUACAUCACUGGCUGGGGCCGCCUCUCGACCAACGGUCCCAUUGCUGACACCCUCCAGCAGGCCCUGCUGCCUGUGGUGGAUCACUCCACCUGCUCCCUCAUGGAUUGGUGGGGCAUCAUGGUGAAGAAGACUAACGUGUGCGCCGGAGGGGACGGUGUGGUCUCGGGCUGCAACGGAGACUCCGGAGGACCCCUGAACUGCCAGGCUGAUAACGGGGCGUGGGAAGUGCACGGGAUCGUCAGCUUCGGUUCUGGGCUGGGCUGCAACACCUUUAAGAAACCCACAGUGUUUACCCGUGUCUCCGCCUACAUCGACUGGAUCAACGAGAAAAUGCUGCUGUAGAGAACCCACCAACAUCAUUUGUAAUUCUACUAUACGUGAAUAAACGUGCUUAUAUCAACCC